AGAAUCAACGUUGCAAGUGAAAUCCAGUGGUUUGCCAUCACCACAAAACAAUCGCCGACGUUGAAAACAUCAUCGCCAAUUUCGUAACACAUAAUCUCCAUCUUUAACGAUGUCGUCAGUUAAGCGCAAAAUGCCACCCAGCGGUCUACUCCAGAGGAGAGUCAGGCCCAGAUAUGAGCCAGAGCCGGAAUCAGACAUGGAGGAGGAUGUGAGCGAGGGACCGAGUGAAGAAGAUGCCGGGUCAUUUGGUUCGGGCGAUGAGGAUGAGGACGAGGAGGGGGGGGAGGGAAGUGAGGAUGGGUUGGAGGGCGGCAGCAAUGAGGACAACUCAGAUGCGGCAUCUGGCUCCGAAGAGGAGGAUGAGGAAGACGAUGAUGAGGGCCCGCAAAUAGACGCCUCACAGCUCUCCUUCGGUGCCCUGGCCAAAGCGCAAGCUGCCAUGCGGUCUUCCUCCAAAUCUAAACAAGCCAACGACGAAGUGAAGGAUAAGGAAGACGAGGGCUACGGCCACCCGACCAAACUAAGCUCUACGAAAAAGCUAGAUAAGCGCUCCAGCAAACACGCCCCCGUCGAACUGACCAGCAAGAAGCCCGUCUCGCGCAAGCGGGACUUCCUCGCGGGCGCCGCCGAAACCAAGAAGCUACAGGCACGCGACCCGCGCUUCACGCCGCUCGGCCCGGGGGCAUCGACCGCGGCAGCGGCAGGCAGCGGCAGCACGAUCGACGAGAUCAAGGCGCGCAAGGCGUACGCCUUCCUGGACGACUACCGCGAGUCGGAGAUGCAGGAGCUGCGGGCGACCAUCAAGAAGACCAAGGACGCGGCGCAGAAGGAGCGGCUGCAGAAGGCGCUGCUGUCGAUGGAGAGCCGCAAGAAGACGCAGGACCGCAAGGAUAGGGAGAGGACCGUCAUCGAGGAGCACAGGAAGAAGGAGAAGGAGCUGGUCAAGCAGGGCAAGACGCCCUUCUACCUGAAGAAGUCGGAGCAGAAGAAGCGGGUGCUGGUCGAUCAGUUCCAGGGCAUGAAGAAGAAGCAGGUGGAUAAGGCGAUUGAGCGGCGGAGGAAGAAGGUUGCGGGUAAGGAGAAGAAGCUGUUGCCCAUGACGAGGAGGGGCGCGGAGGACCGGUAGUUGAAAAGAGGCUGUCUUGGUAUUUUUGUUACAACCCCAGCGUCUUUGCCUGGCGUUCUAAGCGGUUUGAUCUAGU